UUGAGAUUGAUACUUUAAGGGAGAUUAUAGAGGACAUGAGGGCGGCCCUCCAAUGCAGUGACUCAAGGUGCUUAGCUUUACAAGUAGCCGUGUCAAACUUUCAAAAUGCCUGCCUGUGCUAUAACGCCAAUCAGACUCUCACUCCGACAUCUCCGUGCAAAGGCAAGGAUACCGCAAUGAGGAAUGGACAUACUAGCUUAUCUGUUGAGACUGAAGGUGACUUGGAUCCUGAGACUUAUAUCAGGGAGUUACAGCGUGAGCUUAAAGCGACCAGACGUCGGUUAUACGAAACGAAUCAGAAAAAUAAAGACUUGACAUUUCAUAUGGAGCGAAUGGCAGAGACGUUUGAGAAGACGAAAGCGGUGAUCUUGCUGAGUUUAGAGAGAGUGAAAGGAUUAGAGACUCAAGCGAAGGAGAUUCCGGGGCUAGAAGUGAGGGUAUUAGAGUUACAGCGAGAGCUGGAUAGAAGUAAGCGAUUCCUGCGACUGAACCACGAUGUGACUAAAGAUUCUGCUCUCGGCGACACCCCGUCCCUAUCUCCCGCCAGAUCAGACUCCUCCUCAGAUGCAUCAACUAAAGACAGUGGUCAAGCAUCCCGAGAAGACCUCGACCUUUCAAUCAUCACCACGAGUCUAGAGAGCAUCAACGACAUGGUGGACAAUAUGCUGAUAGCCAGGUUACAGGAACAAGUCAAGUCGCUCAUGAAUGAAGUCAAGGAAAUCAGAGAGGAGAGAAGCAUCACCUUGAACCAGAUAAGCCGCCUCACCCUCCACAAUGACGCCCUCCAGACAGAGCUACACAAUACCGAGACGGAGCGAGUGCGCAUGUCCAUCAUAGAGGAGAAACUGGUCGAUAUCGUUGGAAGCUUUAGACAACUGAGACGAGUCCAUCUUCCGAUUGCAACCAUAGGGAACCUUUUAAUGAGUGUUGUGGAGGGUAUAGAAGAUGACGUCAUAGCAGAACCCGAAGUUUUGAUAUUCGUCAACCAGCUACAGAGAAAACUGACGACAUACGAGCUGACCUUUUGGAAUCCAACACCUAGCCCGCUGAGAGCGAAGCAGGGCACUUACAUAUGAACAUGUCAUUGGAACUGUGACUAAAGAGGUCCCCAGACGCCGAUAAAGCGACAGUGGCAAGAUGAACAACCAA